UCUUUCGCAACCAGUUCUAUAAUAAUAAACCCUCUCUCUCUCUCUCUCAUCGUCUGCCUUCUCUCUUCUUCCUUCUCUUUCCAAGCUCUCUUGCUGCUCGGUUGCAUCUUUGUUCCCACUGGGGUUUAUCAGUAAUUCAUAAACUCUAACAUUUUCACCAAUACCCCUCUAUAAAUCUUCACUCCAACCAUUGAAAUCUAGAUCUCUCCUUCUCCUGUCGCUCUCUCUCUCUCUCUCUCUCUCUAGGGUUUUUCAGCUCCUUACGAUGCUCUCAUUUCACUUGUUUCAUGCCCAAUCAACGGUUGUGAGAUUCACUUCAUAGUCCUUCAAAAAUCACUGGUAAGUCUUCAUGUUCUUGCAUUAACAUAGUGUUCUACGUGUCGUUUAUAUGCAAUUCAGUUCUAGGGCUUGUAUAUUUGUGAAUUUUUGUUAUGCGAGAGACGGUUUGUGAGGUCAAAAUUGGGGUUUUUUUUGCUCAAAGCCCUAAAUGAUACGCGGGUUUGAAUAUGAGCGAUGGAGGUAAAGUGGAGAGCAAGAGAGAGAAGGAAAAUGGAAGCCACGCACUGAAACGAGCCAAUGCCGAUGAGUUUGGCCGAGCUGUUUCGAGGAUUGCCGUGGCUCAGAUAUGCGAGAGUGUUGGGUUUCAGAGCUUCAAUGAGUCUGCUUUGGAGGUUCUCACUGAUAUUGCGGUCCGAUACCUCUGUGACUUAGGAAAAACUGCUAGUUUUUACACUAAUUUAGCUGGUAGGACUGAGUGUAAUGUGUUUGAUGUUAUACAAGGAUUGGGGGAUUUGGGUUCGGUUAAUGGGUUUUCGGGUGCUUCAGAGGUCAGUCAUUGCCUAACUGUUUCGGGUACAGUGAGGGAAAUUGUUGAGUAUGGGGAGAGUGCUGAGGAAAUUCCAUUUGCUCAACCAAUUCCACACUUUCCGAUCAUGAGAAAUCGGAGUAUGACCCCGAGUUUUAUGCAAAUGGGUGAAAUUCCAACAUUCAAGUACAUUCCAUCUUGGUUGCCGGCCUUUCCCGAUCCUCACACAUACAUACACACACCCACAUGGAAUGAGAGGGAAACAGAUCCUCGUUCGGACAAAAUUGAGCUAGCUAGGCAAAGGAGGAAGGCCGAGAGGUCUUUGUUGAGUUUGCAGCAGCGGUUGUUGUGCAAUGGUUCUGCAUCGUCUUCCAUUUCAGCAGAUUUGUGUAAUGAUGAUAAGGUUUUACAAGUUUCCGAAACUAAAAACCCAUUUCUUGCUACACCUUUACAAGCAGGAGAGAAAGAUGUUUCUUCAGUUCCCCUGCCAGUUAAGCUUUCUGAUGAAACUGUUGUUGAAAACCAUGUUUCUGUGUUAGAAACAUUCGCUCCUGCUAUUGAAGCAAUGAAGGGUGGCUUUUGUGAUUCCGGAGACAUUGAUAAAAAUGUUCUUCCAGACAAGAGACCUGCUGUUCAUUUGAAUUUCAAAUCUGGCAAGAAACUAUUAGGUGAAUCUGUGGAUUUGAGACUUUGGAAUAAAGGUUCUGGGAAAACGGCACCUUGGAUUGGUCGGGAUGAUGAGAAGGAUGACAAGAAACGAAGAGCUGAGUUAAUUCUUAGACAGUCUAUGGAGAACCCACAGGAACUCACUCAAUUGUAACUUGAUUCACUGGAUCCCUUGCUUGAUGGAAGUCAUUGCAUUCUUCACUACAUUAGGGAACUCAAAAGUUUAAGUCCAUAUUGUCAUGCAGUAGUAGUUAUAAGAAUACUUUUGAAGCUUUCUUAAAGUCUACUGGUGGUUGUUUGUCUCAGAAACCCAGCCCAUUUAAAACUUGGAAGCAGUUGCGAGAAAUGUGGGGUUUAUAAAUUCACCUUCUAGAUUUAUGGAGCACAGAUAUUGCUUCAAAGAAAAACUCCUUGUCUUUUUCCAAACCAGACAGUAAUUGAAAGGGCUUUUCAGCUGCUAUUUUAUGUGAUAAUCAACCAAGUUUUUUUUAGUAAUAUUUUGAUUAGAGGAGCGGAUCAUUGUGAUACCAUCACAGCCUUCUCCAAGCUAGUUGGAUCUUGGCAUUCAUGCUUGGCAGAACUGUCUGCCUUCAGAUGGCAGCUGACGGAUGCAAUGAGAGCAAGCAAGGCAGCAUUUGAUUUAAAGACCAAGAAUCCAUACCUGAUAGUUGGGUAAUCUCAUUGAAGUGUUAGGAUAAUUCAAAAAUACUAGGUGUUUACAUCUAUCUUCAAUGUUACUGCUAUUCAAACAUAGUCGUAGAGAUUUACUUUUCAUCCAUCCUGCACAUAUGGAAGGAAAAAUAAGGGAGAUAAUUUGCAGUAACUGAUGGUUGCUUCAGGGAUCCUCCCUGAUGAAUGGAGCUGUCUACUGAGCUGGAAUCAAGUUCUUGUUAGGAUUUUUGAAAUGAUAAUAUUGUUUCAAAGAUGUUCCUGUGCUUUAGAUUGACCAGUGAAGCAAUGUCAUUUCUGAUGGAGCAUCAUCAUCCCAAGCAAGGAAAUCUAAUUAUUAUUAUUAUUAUUAUUGUUAUUUUUGCCGACGAUGUUCAUUUGAUAAGGAUUAGUGUGCACUAAAGAUGUUAGCUGUAAUGAUGAAUUUGUUCGUCCUUCCAUUUAUAUUUUUUUAAACAAACCCAACCAGUUGAGCUUGACUUG